UUUACCAUCGACACAUCUGUGCAUCAAGCCUGUCAGAAACAUGGCAUCCGUACUGUCUGAAGAGCAGUUUCGUUGCAGCAUCUGUUUGGAUAUUUUUAAAAACCCUGUCUCAACCCCAUGUGGACAUAAUUUCUGCAAAAGAUGCAUUAAACGGUACUGGGAUUCGAGACAUAAGUCACAGUGCCCUCUUUGCAAACAAACCUUCAAAACCCGUCCUGAACUGACAACUAACAUCAACCUGAAAGACAUCACGGAAACGUUUAAAAGCUCUCUGAAGGAAAAAGUAACAUACAAGCCAGCCCCUCUGAAGAGACAAAACCCAAGACUCUCCAAAUCGCUUUCUAGUUCAGAUGAGGUUUUCUGUGACACGUGUGCCGGGAACAACAUCCGAGCAGUCAAGUCCUGUCUAGUGUGUCGGGCCUCUUACUGCGAAGUUCACCUGGUGCCUCAUCUACGGGAUCAAGCAUUGAUUACACACACACUGACAGAUCCGGGCACUUUCACCACCAGCCACGUCUGCCAAAAACACAACAUGCUCCUUGAGAUGUUCUGUAAGAAAGAUCAGGUACUGGUGUGUGCAAAAUGCAUUGACAGGGAUCAUAAGCACCACGAGAUCAUCACCAUUGAGAAGGAGACCAGGAGGAUCAAGGCUGAGAUGAGGAAAGCUGAAGCAGAGUUUCAACAGAUGAUCCAGGACCGACUCAGAAAGACGGAACAGAUCAAAGAUGCAGUGGAGCUCAGCAAAACAGUUAAAGAAAACAACAUAAAGACCACUGUUGAGGUCUACACAGAGGUGAUAAGUGCAACUGAAAGACAUCAGGCUGCACUCAUUGAGGAGAUCGAACAGAAGCAGGAAGCAGCAGAGAAGAAAGCAGAGGAUCUUCUCAAAGAGCUGAGCAGUGAAAUCAAUGAGCUGCAGAGGAGACGCAACGACCUGCUGCAUCUGGAACUCAGCGACGACCCCAUCGACCUCUUCCAGAGCUAUCCUUCUUUGAGUCCUCCACUGUCCACCAGGGACUGGUCCAAAGUGACGAUCCAGUCAAACAACAGUAUGGGCUCAGUGAGGAGAGUGUUCACCAAACUAGUGGACGUCUGCCGGGAACUGGAAAAGAAACUGUCUGCAGAGGAGGUGAGCAAGAUGACUCAGUACGCAGAUGAUGUGACUCUGGAUCCUUUGACAGCUGCUGCCUGGCUCGUCCUAUCUCCAGAUGGAAAAAAGGUGAGCCUUGGUUUUCACCCGAGGAAAACUGCAACGGCCGAUGAGCCUCGCAGAUUCGAUUCCUGCGUCUCAGUUCUGGGGAAACAAAGCUUCACCACCGGCAGACACUACUGGGUAGUUCAGGUGGGGGAUAAAACAGACUGGGAUCUGGGGGUGGCCAAAGAGUCCAUCAACAGGAAGGGGGUCAUUACGGUGCGUCCUGACUGCGGAUAUUGGGCGAUCUGUCGACGGAAAGGUGGCAACCUCAACGCCUGCACAGGACCCUCCAUCCCCCUCCACCUGUCAGAAAUCCCUCAAAAAGUGGGCAUUUUUUUGGACUACGAAGAGGGAAUGGUGUCCUUCUACAAUGCAGAAGCAAAGACUCACAUUUAUACGUACAGUGGGUUGAUCUUUAUGGAACCUCUCUACGCGUACUUAAACCCCUGUCUUCAUGAUAAUGGGAGAAACAUUGCCCCAUUGAACAUCUGUCCCGUGGAAGUAGAGGUCCCUGAAGAGGCUGCACGAAUGUGAACUCAACACUCUUCAUCACAGUUUAAAGGACAGAUGCAGAGAAACAGGCAAAGUCUAGAAACAACAAACAAAAGGCUUCACUUCACAAUUAAAUUCACCCAAUACGCAAUGAAUAAUGUUAAGCUUGCACUUUAUUUGAGGUGUAUCAGUGAGAUGGGUCUGGCUCAAUCCAUGAUCAUUCUGGAAUUGGGAUAAAAGCAAUCUGUUUCUUUCUUUCUUUCUUUCUUUCUUUCUUUCUUUCUUUCUUUCUGUCUGUCUGUCUUUCUGUCUUUCUUUCUUUUUUUACCAUUUAGUAUUUCUUCAAAUCAGUCACACUCAUUUUUCAAAAGAACUACAGGGCAUUUGCAAAAUAGUGUCAGGGUGAACUUGUUUUGGUGGAACCUUUACAAAUGUGCUAUUAAAAUGACUUAUGCUCAUCCACACUAAUAAGCUUUGUCUAUAAAUUACAUAACAUUUGCUAUGUUUACAUCAAGUAUUCACACAACGUUUAUUAUUUUAGAAACACUAAAACUAAAGCAGGGUACACACUUAACCCAUAAAGACCCAAACUUCCACCAUCUACCAAAAUCAUCUGAUGAUAUAAACUGUUUAAUACCUGUUGAUCCACUAAUCCAUGUAAAUAACU